AUGGUGCUAUUCAGCUGGUACAACGUGGUGUUCCUGGUGCUCACAUACGUGGUGCCGGUGACCACCAUGAUCGCCACGUACACGCGCAUGAGCAUGGUCCUGUGGGGAAGCCGCUUCAUCGGCGAGUUCACCCAACACCAGCACAAGGCGCUGCAAAGCAAGCGGAAGGUUGUCAAGAUGCUGUCCACCGUUGUGACUCUGUUUACGGUGUCCUGGUUGCCGUACCAUCUGUACUUCCUGUACGUCUUCCACCACCCGAACGUGGCCUACGUGGAUUCCAUCCAGCAUGUCUACCUGGCCAUGUACUGGCUCGCCAUGUCGCAUGCCAUGUACAACCCAAUCGUCUAUUAUCUCAUGAACAGGAGGUAA